UUCCGUAAAACGAGAACCACGAUAAGAGCAGUUAACAUCGCGGUGUGUCUCCGUGUUAGAUUUCUACAUUUAUGAAGUACAAGGGGUAACACAUCGAUCACACAAACCCGUCUUAGGUCGUAAGGGAGAAAGCUUUUUCGGUGAAUUCUGAUUGUCCACCUCAUCUUCUCAGGCAGUCUGAGGUCCCGCCGGUUUCUUUUCCCUCUGACUAACAGAAAGAAGUGAAAGUCGCGAGUUGAACUUAAAUAAGUGUCUUUUCGUGACAGUAUGACUUACAAACCGGUCACUCAUGUGAUUUUCGACAUGGACGGGUUGUUGUUAGAUACAGAGAAGCUAUACACUGUCUCCUUUCAGGAGAUCUGUGACCGCUACGGAAAGACAUAUACAUGGGAUGUAAAGUCUUCAGUGAUGGGUAAGAAGGCUCUGGAUGCAGCCAGGAUCAUCAGAGACUCCCUGGAACUCCCUAUGAGCCCUGAGGAGCUGCUGGAGGAGAGCAGAAAAAUACAGGAGCGCAUCUUCCCCAAUGCUGCCCUAAUGCCAGGUGUUGAGAAACUCAUAACUCAUCUCCAUAAAGACAACAUCCCCAUUGCUGUGGCUACCAGCUCAGCUAGCUUGACCUUUGAGAUGAAGACAAGCCGCCAUAAAGACUUCUUCAGCCUCUUCAAACACAUUGUCCUUGGAGAUGAUCCAGAAGUGAAGAAUGGCAAACCCCAGCCAGACGCCUUUCAGGUGUGCGCCAGCAGAUUCGAUCCUCCAGCUUCUCCAGAACAGUGUCUGGUGUUUGAGGAUGCACCCAAUGGGGUGAAGGCGGGCCUGGCAGCUGGCAUGCAAGUUGUCAUGAUCCCUGACCAGAACCUGGACCACAGCCUGACCCAAGAGGCCACGCUGGUGCUGGACAGCAUGGAGGACUUCAGGCCAGAGCUCUUUGGUCUACCUGCCUACAAUUAGAGACUCUCUAAUGCUCCUUACCGCACUCAAACAUGCCAUUUGUCAGGUCUUAAAAGGAAGGAAUGAAUGGCUAAAGUUGCUUAGUCCAGCUUAUUCAUACAAUCACAUGCAAAGUGUGUAAGGUCUGACACUUUGACGGUUUACAGGCAUUUUAAUUGCAUUCAGGCUUAAUUUCAUCGGUGCUGCUCAAUGAGCCCAUCGCGAGGCUGGAUCUCAGCACGUUCGUUAAACACUUUUAGUGUUGAUGGCUUGAACAGCACCCAAACUGAUUUUGAUUAUUCUGCUCAAUUAGACCCAGUCAAGCCAUUAGGCCUUAUUGAUGGGUUUUGAUGUUUGUGUUUUUUUCUUCUUCUUCAAAUUAGAGCCGGUAAAUUGAUUAGUUCUAUAUUUAAUGGUGAUGAUGAUGAUGAUGCUUUGUUCAUGGUCUGUCUAAGUUCCUGAUAACUGGCAGCUGUCACACAAUCAAGCUUUUCAUUUCAUUUUUACGGCUUUGUGUUUUUGAUGUUUAUUUUUGAAUUCCUGUUUAUUUUUGUGUAAAUGGCAGCGUAGCAACACUAUAGAGGUUUAUUAAAAUGCCAGACGUUUUUAAGUCCGCUCCAUGCGACGUAAUCCAAUAAAAGAGAUCUGAGAGGCCAGGCGUCUUUCAGAUUUUACCCGCGUUCCCCUCCCCCGUGCCAGGGUUAGCUUCUUCUUUCAGCAGCGUCCGACACAGCAGAGAGCUCGAACCCCAGUUCUUUUCUCUUUGCAAAACCCCUCAGGGAUGAAAGAGAUUUCCACCGGCGUCCUCUUCUCUCUUCUCUGUGUAGGCCGUGGACCUUUCAUCCUUAAAGACGAGCAGGGAAUCCGGAAGGCUUGUUCUUUUCUACAUGACUUCCACCCUGGGGCCUUUUUACAUGUUGUUUAGAGGCUUAGCGCAAGAAGGCUAUCAGGCUGGAGGUUUAAAGCAUGAGAGAGUCUUGAGUGUGGUUGUGUGCCUAUACAUGUGUACUUAGAUGGAAGGAGGAUGUAGUAUCUUGUCUCCAUUUGAAGAACUUGAAAUGAACAAUAGCGCUUGGCUGUAACUGUGUUUAUAAACAAGUAUUACGUGGCUGAACAAUAAAGUGAAUUUAUGUGUUACUUGGAUUAAACAUGUAACACACUAAAGGAACAAGAA